AGCACGGCAUAGGGCUGAUUUUUUUUUUACUUCAGUUAAUACGCGAAGAUGUGAAAACACUGCGUGCGUGCUUAAGAACGACGAAAUUUAAGCUAAUCUAUUUUCCUGAAGUGUUCGAUUUGCUGCUGUGGUGAAACAAUAUAUUCGCAUAUAUUUUCACGAAGUGCAACUAUUAAAUUGAGCGUCACAGAGACUGGAAUGGAUAACGCCAAGAGAACCAGCGGUUGUUCUUCUGUUAAGAUUUCGUCAGGGCUUCCAUCGACAGAAGAGGAUCAAUCCACUAUUGAGAUCAUACUUUAUGACGGACUUGAGGAAGAGACAUUUAGCGUAGGUGAUGAUGAAGGUUAUAUGGUUGUUCUUGAGGAAGUCGAAGAAGCAAGUAGUCCCGCUCAGGUCCCAUACCAUCGACCAGCGAAGUUUUACGAGGCUGUUCCAGGUCGAACGGCACUUGAUCCAACCUACCAUGCAUCAGCAGCUGACGUCUCUCGCGCUAACGCCAGCUCACGUGUAACUUCAGCAUCGUUAGCUUCUUGCAAUUUGGCUCCGAUUGCUAAUGCAGUUCGUAAAGGUCAGUGGUCGCAUCAAUGGAAAAUCUGCGAAGAGAACGUUCCAACAAGAAGCACCUCUAAGUUUCGAUCAGGACUGACAUUGACUUCUCGGCAAGCUAAGGUUGUACGGGUAACAACAGGAACUCCGCGAGCUUAUGUAAAAGAAUCUUCCCCGGCAGUUGCCCAAGACAAAGGCAAAUCUACGAAGGUAAAACGGUUCAAGUGUUUAGAAUGCGGCUCGUCAUUUAGUAACAAAAACUACUUUCGCGAACACCUAAAGAAGCAUGGCGACGAGUUACUGUGGUGCAGCACUUGCUCAAAGGAAAUGUGCUCAAAGGAAACACUCGAAUCUCAUAUGCGGUUACAUCGUAAUGAACGACCCUUCGCAUGCGGAGAAUGCAGUGCAACUUUUCCGGGAGAGAAGAAUCUUCGCGAACAUGUCAAACGGUUACACUCCGGUAGAACAUUUAAGUGCUCCGUAUGUAGCAAAGAGUUGGCAACGGCUGAUUCGCUCAAAGCCCAUGAAUCGCUGCACAAAGCGGAAAAACCAUUUCGUUGUCGCCAAUGUGACGCUUCCUAUCGGAAUAACAAGCGACUACUCGAGCAUACAAAGCGUCAGCAUGGAGAAGUACACAAAUGUAGCAUCUGUAGCAAGAUUCUCGCAACCAAAGUGACGCUCGAAGCUCACGAACGAUUGCAUCGUAAUGAAAAACAGUUUGCCUGCGACCAGUGUGGCAAAGCGUUCGCCGAUAAAAAUUAUCUGCGUGAACAUUUGAAAAGACACAAGGGCCGAACGUUUCCGUGUGGUCAGUGCGAUAAGCAGCUGGCAACCAAGUCAAGUUUACGGGCCCAUGAGAAACUUCAUGAUAAUAUUCGUCCCUUCGGUUGCGACGUUUGUUGGGCAACAUUCGCUGAAAAGGGUCAGCUAAAGGUUCACAUGAGAAAACAUACUGGAGAGAAGCCAUUCAAGUGCAAUAUGUGCAGCUACGCGGCAUCCCAGAAGCACUCCGUUGGUAGGCAUAUGCUGGUCAAACACGGUGAAGGAAAUGGAAGGAGCAGUCACCAAAGGGGCGAAGAACGCCCGGAAAAUGCAAGCGAAGAUCUGGCAGUCAACAAUGGCGUAAUUAAUGAUAUAGUCAAUAAUGUAGUUAGGUGAUAGAGUGGAACAGAACGAACGUUGAAUCACCACAAUGGAUGGCUGAGAGCCUUUUUUUUUUGAGGAGAUAGUAAGGGCAGACCGUUCAGGCCUAAAUGCUUUUACAUAACAUAAAGUUAUUGUCUUCCUGUUCAAAUUUCUUUUCGAAAAACAACGCGCCACGCUCGACAGAAACAUACUGCAUAUUUCUGCUCUGUCUGACAUCUCAAUUUUCUAAAAAUCCCAACAACUUACACCAUUGGAGAGAGUUUGAUAUUUUUUAAUAAUGGCGUAAUGUUGAUAUCGGCAGGUAGUGCUCGAUAAAUAAUUUAUACGAGGCACUGUUAUUGUUUGUAACGAUUAUUAUGCUAUUUGAGCUUCCUAUGCUAUAUAUGCUCACCUCAUAGUGCAUUGUUUGUCUUGUUUGUGUAUAUAUAUGUACAUUUUUUUUGUUUAUAGUCAAGAUGCAUUAUCGAAAGAAAUGGCCUAAAAGUGGUUCUGCCGCUUUCAUUGUAGAACAUCGAUGUGAGAAAUACUUCUAUUAACGGUCGAGCAGUUACGGCAAAAGUGAACAAGACCGAUACGUGAGUGUUCAUGAUGCUGCUAAGGGACUAAACGUCCACCAUUAAAGAGUUUCAAACUAUUUGAAGGGCUACAAAGAAAGCUCAAUGCUUUGGUGCCACAAGAAUUGAUGUCAACGAGUUUAAACGAUCGUAUUUCCAUCUGUGAAGCUUCACAGAAAUGUAACAAAAUCAAGCGUUUUUUAAAGCUACUGGUCAGGAAUGAUGAAGAGUAAAUUACAUACGACAGUAAUGUGCAAAUUGAAAGAAACUAAAGAAACGUGCUCUACUAUCUGGGGCUAACCCCAAAUUGACGCCAAGGAAGGUGAUGCCGUGUGUUUGAAUUGAAGAGGAUUCGUGCAUUAUGGACUGCUAUCGCCUGCCGAAACGAUUGUUUCGAACCUCUGCUGUUGGCAGCUAACAAAAUUACGAUAAGCCUCUAAAAAUAUCGAUCGAGGCCACAUUGAUCUUUGGCUACCCAGAAAAAAUUGAGAAAAUAUGGACGGGAAUUUUAAAUGCAUCCAACGUAUUGCCGGAAUAUCGCACAAUCAGAGUAUCAUUUGCUUUUGUCUCUGCAGAGCGGCUUAAUGUUAUUAAUUUCGUUGUAAUGCAAAAAUCACUUGCUAAAUUCUCACUCAGAAGUUCUACACUGAUGGAAUUAUGAUAUUACUAGAAAAAUAACAAAAGGUCAUCGAUCAAAACGGGGCAUAAUCAGUUUAUAGAAAAUAUUAGUUACCAAAAGCCAGAACCGAAGAGCACUUAAUACUUCUUUUAUAACCCGAUAUAUGUUCGUCCCCCAAAUCUCGAAAACCGUGCUUUUUUUUUACAGUAAAUUUGUCCUGGAGAACGCUUUUAUGUUUAAAGCUACAAAAAAGUAUCCUAAGGAUUUAGGUUGCGCGGUAGCAUACGAUGUUGCCGAGAUGGGUAUAUUUGUUCAUUGCUUAGUGACGAAGUGUUUGUUGCGUUUCAUAGUAUGAAGCAUUGUACAGAGGCGGGCUCGUAAAAGGUCGAGCUCCCCUGUCCCUUUUGGGAUAGUCCUUGAUAUUUAUUUUAAUUUAUUCUUCAAUGAAUAUAUCUGAAACCAAACAAGUACUUGUCUGUAAGUGCAUGGCUGGAGAUGCAUUAGUGUGCUUUGUGGAUUCACUGUAGUGGAACGGCAUCAAAUCGAGUCAUUGUUAAAAGAAAUUAUAGACGAUUUCUUCAAGUCGGGCGGCGACAAAAUCUCGGUUUCAAGUACUACUUAAUUAAUACGACUGUCUUAAAUUUUCAUAUUAUGGAAGUAAGGCGAUAGUGAAAGAGUCUCUUUCAGACAUCAGUCAAUGAACCAAACGUGUUAUAUACACGAAUAUUUUGAGCCGUGAGAAAAUUUUCAAAGCAUAAAUACAUCGUGCAAACUGAACAAAAUUUAAAUGCACAGUGAAAUUCACUAAAUAAACACGUGACAUUAUUUAAAUUUCGAUUCUGCAGUGCUACACAAAAUAUCUUACACCGUGAUCCAUAGAUAAGCAAGGAUUAGAUCAUUUUAUGACCGAAUUGUAGAAUAUCUGUGAUUGUUGUGCAUAGUAUAUACAUAUGCAUACAGUGGCAUACCUUAUAAAG